AUGUCCACCCCAAGCAAUCAAAGGCUCGACCCCAUCAAUACAAAUCCCUCCCCCACUCGCGGACGCAGCGCCUCCUACCUCACCGUACAUACCGCCGACCCACGGGAGUUCUCUCGGAUGCCGUCGAUGAAGUCGCCUAGCCAGGUGCGCGACUACGCGACACGGCUGGAUGACGACCUCGCGCUGCUGCAGGUGGAGCGGCAGGUUAGCCAGGACGAGAAGGCGCAGGCGGAGCUGGGGCGGGGGAAGAGCAUGAACCGCAGCCGGAGUAAGCGGGAGGAGCCGAUGGAUGAGUUCGAUGUGAGUACGAAUCCGGUGCAUCAGGGGAAUGUAUUUCGGCCGCCAGAGAACCCGUCGACGAACUUCGCGAAGGUGUUUAAGAAGAUUCAUGGGUCGAAUUUUUUGGUGCGGUAUGUCACCUAUAUCACACCGAUCGUGCUCAUCAUCCUGAUCCCGCUCCUUCUGGGCGUGUUCGUGUUUGAAGAGGCGACGGUCGGGGGAGUGCGGUUGAUGUGGUUCUGCAUCUGGCUGGAGAUCGUCUGGUUGACCCUGUGGGCGGGACGGAUCCUCGCCAAGGGGCUCCCCUAUCCGAUCGGGAUGAUCUCAAGCUUGUUCACGAACAACGCGAAGAAAUGGCGGGACAUGGGCCAGGAGCUGGAAUUUUCCGCAACGCUGUUCUUCUGGUGGCUCGCGGUCGAGAUUUCGUUCCUCCCGACCAUGGCCAACCACCACAUCGACGGCAAUAAGACGGUCCGAGACUGGGAGCGGACGAUGAACAAGGUGCUCGUCGCGAUCUUCGUCGGCAUGAUUCUUAAUUUUGUCGAGAAGAUCAUCAUCCAGUUGAUCGCCAUCAGCUUCCACCUCCGCACCUACCAGGACCGCAUCGAACUUAACCAUUUCCAGAUUGGGAGCCUGACCAAACUUUACGAGUACUCGCGAGGGAAGAUCGAGGCGGAGGAUUCCGAGUUCGAAGAACGUUCGUCCGGCCCCGCGACAGGCGCACGAACGCCGGGAGUGUUUGUCGAGAAGGCCCAGAAGGGCGCCAAGGAGGUCCUCAACAAGGUCGGCGACGUGGCGGGCAAGAUCGCCGGAGACUUCUCGGGCAAGAAAGUCAUCUCGUCCGACCAUCCGCAGCAGGUCAUCCUGACGUUGUUGCAUACCACCUCCGGAUCCCAGGUCUUAGCGCGUCGGUUGUACCGCACGUUUGUCCACGACGGAUGCGAGACGAUCUGCGCCGACGAGAUCAAACACGCGUUCGAUAUUGAGGAAGAGGCGGAGGCGGCGUUCGCGAUGUUCGAUAAGGAUAUGAACGGCGAUAUCAGCAUGGAAGAGCUCGAGGCGGUGUGUGUGGAGAUUGGGCGUGAACGGAAGUCGAUUAUGGCAUCCCUGAAGGAUCUCGACUCCGUUGUCAGCAAGCUCGACUCGGUCUUCCUGUUCAUCGUUCUCGUCAUCACCAUCCUCGUCUUCGUCUCCCUAAUCUCCACCAGCGCCGCUGGUGUCCUGACUUCGGCCGGAUCCGCCGUCCUGGCUCUGUCGUGGCUGUUCUCCGCCACCGCGCAGGAAUUUCUGCAAUCGAUCAUCUUCGUCUUCGUCAAGCAUCCGUUCGACGUGGGCGACCGCGUCCGCGUUUACGGCAACACUGGUGCGGAAGGCCAGGGCGACGACUACUUCGUCAAGAAGAUCUCCCUCCUCUACACGGAGUUCAAGAAGAUGGAGGGCAUGGUCGUGCAGGCGCCCAACAGCUACCUCAACACCCUCUUCAUCCUCAACCAGCGGCGCUCCGGCGGCCAAGCCGAGGCGGUGCCGAUCGUCAUCAAAUUCGGCACCACCCUCGAGCAGAUCGAAAACCUGCGCACCCGACUCCUGGACUUCGUACAGGAGGAAAAGCGCGAAUACCAAGGCAAGAUUCUCACCGAACUGCGCGAAGUCAGCGAAGCGCAUAGCCUCAAGCUCAACGUCGUCUUCUUCUACAAGUCCAACUGGCAGAACGAGUUGCUCCGCCUCCAGCGCCGCAACAAGUUCAUCUGCGCACUCAUGGUCUCUAUGCAAGAACUCUGCAUCGAAGGCCCGCGCAUGCGGUAUCCCGGCCAGAAGGAAUCCUUCCCGAUGUACAUGCAACACAUCCCGCACGUUCCCAACCCCAAUCUCGGCCAAGGCGGCACCCCUGACAACCCCUCCGGCUUCCGCGAACAAGUCCCCCAAGACGAGCCCUUCGUCCCCGAGCCCUCCAAUCCCCCCGACCGCUCCACGUCGAAGGCCUCCCGCGCUAGCUCCCAAGCGCCCGACUACUCCCGCACCCGCACCCGCCGCGGCGAAAGCCUCUCGGAGAUGUCCAAGCGCUACGACUUCUCCCUCGGCAUGAAAGACGUCUCCAGCGGCGACUGGACCGGCGACGUGUUUGAGGAGCGCCAACCGAUAAAGAUCCCCGUCAACGUGACCUCGGCAUCGCCGUCGCGGCCGUCGGGCUCGGGCGACGAGAUGGGCCGACGCCGCUCGCACGACGUGGGGUCGGUGGGGCGGUCGACAAGCCUAAGGCGGAUCCCGACGGAGUCGUCGGAGAUGCGGGCAAGGCCGAGCCAUCGGAAUCGGUUCUUUGGGCGGAGGGGGCGCGAUGGGGAGGAGGUGGAGUUGAUGGAGGCGGGGAUGGCGGAUAUUCCGGAGGCGGUGGAGAGGGAGCGGAUGGAUCCGCGGACGGGGUAUGUGGGUGCCGGGGCGAUUCGGACGACUCCAUGCACCGAUCCGCGCCUCAUCUGA